AACUGGAGCUUGGGGGAGAGUGACAGCCAGUCAGGCUGGGGUAGGAGGCCAAGGACAGAGUCUCUAGACAAGUCCCACCAGGACUGAAGGCCUUGCAGCUGCCGUUCUAUUUUUCUCUGCCCUAUUCCUGCUCUCCUGUCCCCCACACCCAAUCCUGGUUGCAUGUGACUGUGAGCAGCCAUCUUCCCUCAUGUGCUUCUGUCCUCCCCGUGAGCUAGUAUUGCAGCAAAACUCAUCAAUGGAGGUGUGGCAGGGCUUGUGGGGGUGACCUGUGUGUUCCCCAUCGACUUGGCCAAGACACGACUGCAGAACCAGCAUGGAAAAGACAUGUACAAAGGAAUGAUAGAUUGCCUGAUGAAGACAGCACGUGCAGAGGGCUUCUUGGGCAUGUACAGAGGGGCUGCAGUAAACCUCACCUUAGUCACUCCAGAGAAGGCCAUCAAACUGGCAGCCAAUGAUUUCUUCCGGCAGCUGCUCAUGAAAGAUGGAAUGCAGCGGAACCUGAAGAUGGAGAUGCUGGCUGGCUGUGGGGCUGGCAUGUGCCAAGUGGUGGUUACCUGCCCCAUGGAAAUGCUCAAGAUUCAGCUGCAGGAUGCUGGACGCUUAGCUGCCCCUCAUCAGAGCUCGACCUCGGCACCUUCCUCCUCCAGGUCCUAUACUACUGGUUCUGCUUCCACUCACAAACGCCCAUCCGCCACUCUCAUUGCCUGGGAGCUACUCCGCACUCAGGGCCUGGCUGGUCUCUAUAAAGGCCUGGGUGCCACUCUCCUCAGAGAUAUUCCAUUCUCCAUCAUCUACUUCCCAAUGUUUGCCAACCUGAACAACCUUGGGGUCCAUGAGCUUACUGGGAAGGCCUCCUUUGCUCAUUCCUUCAUGUCAGGCUGCAUUGCAGGUUCCCUGGCUGCCGUUGCAGUCACACCCCUGGAUGUUCUGAAAACUCGAAUCCAAACCCUCAAGAAAGGCCUGGGGGAGGAUGUCUACAGUGGGAUCAUGGAUUGUGCCAGGAAACUCUGGAUUCAGGAAGGACCAUCUGCCUUCAUGAAGGGAGCAGGCUGCCGGGCUCUUGUCAUAGCACCCCUCUUUGGGAUUGCCCAGGGUGUCUAUUUCAUUGGAAUAGGAGAGCAUAUCUUAAAAUAUUUUGAGUAGCUGCAUCUGGAUCAUAGUCCCUUAUUUGCUACCACCUCUCUAGCCUGUUUCACUAGUCUAAGUGAAGGGUACGGGGUAAAGGUGGCCCCCACAUUGUAUUUUGGCCUCUAACUUGUAGUGCUACCUCAGUCUCAGAAAAAACAACCCUAUUUUAAUAAGGCAGGUUCAGUGUAUCCUUUUUCUCCCUUUAUGAAACCUACAUUCAUUUUCUUGCUACCAGGGACCCUCAGAAACACCUGAUCACAUAAUUCUUAGUACUAUCACCUAGUACUUAGUACUAUUCUUAGUACUCACUUUUGAAUUACAGACCUUCACAGACAGUAAAGACAGAGGGGCUGUUUCUGCAAUUUAACAUUUCUAUUUCACAAACUUAUUAUACUUGAGUCAGUUUGAAGACUUAGUUUUGUUAAAUAAUUUAGUUAGUCCAAGCACUGAUGAUGAAGAAAAGGAGGAUGAAGUCCAAGAGCUGAGGUACAGCUCAGUGGUAGAGCACUUGCCUAACGUGUGAGGCCCUGGGUUCCAUUAUCAGCACCACAAACAAGAAAAGUCCAAUGGGGACAAAACCAGCACCUUGGUUGAACCAGGCACCCACUUGCACAUCACAGAUGGCUAAGUGGACCUAAUUGAAUAGCGUGGUCAAGUCCAGACAGCCAUCCUGCCCCAAAAUCCUUCUCCUGGAGCAUGGAUUCUCACAGACCUUUCCCAAUGGCUGUACAUGGGGACCAUAUGAAAUAAAGGUGAAUGGUUAAAAUCUUGUCUUAUAGUAGUGGAUGUAGGAGACAGGCUGUAAGAAGUAGUGUCUAUAAUCUUUCCUUCUGUAUCCAGUUUAGAACUAAACUAGUUUCUAGAGCACUACAGCAGGUCACUACCACUCUUCAAACUGUUACUCCUGUCAUGGGAAUGGAGAAUAGUCAGAAGAACACUUUAUUUUAUGUUUAAGUCCUGAUCCUCUCUACCCUUUAUGUUGAGCUAAGUCAUCUGUGACAAGAGUUCUUUUCAUGGGCUUCAAUUCCUUCCUCCAUAGGGGGCUACAGAAAUAAUAUCACAGAAAUGAGGACAAGUCCUAAUAAAGAAAAAAUACCUAUUCAAAUAACUGGUAUGUACAUUAAUCCCCACCUAACAAAACUUGGGUCAAGGAGGGAAGUGAAUGGUGCUGAAAUGGUCAGGCACAGUGGUCUCAGUUGAAAAGGGCUGCCCUCCAGACAGACCAAGUCAAAAUGUCAGCUGUGCCACGACUAGCUACAAGCCCUUUGGGCAGCUC